CAGUGCAGUCAGUGCAGCGAGAGGCCCGCGUCGCUUCUGUCCGCGCCCGCGUCCGUAUGCUGUCCUCGUGUGCGCCGCUCGCGCCGGCCGACUUCUUCGCCGCCUCCAACCCCGGGCGCGCAGCCGCCGCGCAGAGCGGGCCGCCUGUGUGGCUGCUCUUGUGGACGGACGUGGGUAACGCGUCGCCGGGCGUGUGUUGCAGCAGUGCGCUGGAGUACCCUUGCCGCUUCGGGCACAUGGCGGGCUACCUCAAGUCGCCCGCGCCGCCCGUGCCGCCGCACCACCAGUUCCACCCGCCCGUGCCGGGGCUGGCGGGCCCCUUCGGCCUGCCGCACGCCCUCGACGCCGUGCACCCGGCCGUCGGCUUCCCGCAGGCUCUGCUUCCCCAGCACCUGAAGACUGAAGUCAAUGUAUCUCAAAAGAGGUCUCGACGGAAGAUCGUUCAUAAUAGGAGACGAGGAGUGAACCCGCGCAAGCAGCGGCGCGAGCGCACGACGUUCACGCGCGCGCAGCUGGACGUGCUGGAGGCGCUGUUCGCCAAGACGCGCUACCCGGACAUCUUCAUGCGCGAGGAGGUGGCGCUCAAGAUCAACCUGCCAGAGUCGCGCGUGCAGGUGUGGUUCAAGAACCGACGCGCCAAGUGCCGCCAACAGAUGCAGCAGCAGCAACAGCAACAGCAGCAGAGCCAGGCGGCGCUGGGCGUGGGCGGCGCGGGCGCAAAGUCGUCGCGCGGUGGCGGCGCGGGUGGCGCGGGCCGCGCGGCGCGCCGGGCGGCGGGCGGGCGGCCGCCGCCGCCAAGAUCUAGUGUCCAAGAAGCCCACCCCCGCCGCCGCCGACGGGGCUGGCGCGGCGGGCCCGGCGCCGGGCAGCAGCGUGUCCCGCCCACGUCCUGGUGCGAAGAAGGGAGGCGUCGCCCGUGGCGCGCUGGGCGCCCUUCGCGGGCGGGGGCGCACGCCCGGCACCGCCCCCGCCUGCGCGGGCCCCCCACGCCCUCCGGCCCGCCCUCGGCCCCGGCGCGGGCGGCUCGGGCAGCGGGCCUCGUCCGUCAAUCACGACCCCCAGCCCGCCCAUCACGCCCGGCUUUCCACCGUGGGCUACGUGCGCGCACGACGCCGCGGGCGGCCGGGGGCACGGGCGCGGGCGGGCCCUCUCGUCGUCCGCCGCGGCCGCGCUGCCCGCCGCCCUCCUCCUACAACGGCCUGUGCUGGGGCCGCCGCCUCCUCCACCCCGGCGUCGCCGCACUGCUACUCGCAGAGCUACAGCCCACUACGGCAACAUGGGUUGUCGACACUUUCCCGCCGCCGCCCUCCGCCGUGUCGCACCACCAGAUGGGCGGCGGCGGCGGCGGGGGCGGCGGCGGCGCCGCCGCCUCGUCGCUGGCGCAGCACUACUCCCAGCACAACCACAUGGUGGCGCACGGCUUCAACCACCAGAUGAGCCCCUACUCCGGCAUGGGCGUCGGCUCCCACCACCAGGGCUUCAACAACGCUCGCCACGGCGACUGCAGCCUCGACUACCAGUUCGUGCCGGACAAGUACCAGAUGGUGUAA